UUGGACUCAUACAAAUAAUCAAAUGAAGCUGCUGGUAUAGCUCCUGAGAGUAUCCGGUUACAGAUAAGCCCAUCAUAUCUUGACCUCAAAUAAUUCACACAGCGGAAAAAUUGAGCUAAAAUUAAGAAGCCAUUGUCUCUCACAGCGAGUGGAGCGUGAAACGGCUCAUAUUUCGAGCUGUGUGUGCGAUCAAGUGGACCGGAAUCGAUGACGGCUUUCUCCUUCAAGUUGCCGCUUUGUAUGCUGCUGCUAACCGCACUACUACACCCCACAGCAACAACUAGAGAACGAGCUCAUCAAACGAAAGAUUACAGAGUAACAAGAAGAUUUAUAGAAAUUGGUAGCCAACAACCUUACCCAGAAGAAGCAACUAAAGAGGUACCGAACUAUCGUAGUACCGAAAAAUGGCGAAUAGAAAGUGCUGAAGGGGCAAACCAACCGAGUGGAACAAGUAAAAAUGAAGCGUAUAAAAAUGCGGAAGAGGCGCAGAAAAAAGAAAGAGAUGCGGAGAGCAUGCUGAAAAAGAGAGAAAAUCCUCUCAGAGGAGACACAAAAGUAAGCACAACAACGAGUGAUACUCAGCUUAGCAUAGACGUAAACGAAGGUGUGACAGCGAAUCACUUCUUUAAUGCGAGCAGUGGGAGAAAUUCAAUACAAGCGCGUGUGGCGGAGAAAAAACUCGGAUUACAGGAAACUUUCGAACAUCAAAUCACCUUAGAUGCAGCAGCCUACAUCAAGUCGAAGAUCCGAUACAAAGCACCACUCCCAACAACUGCACCGCCGUCGCUUUUGCGUGCACUCAACACACCCACAAACCAUAUCAAUUAUCAACCCAACACAGAAUUUUCACAGCAUUCACAAUGGGUAGCGCAACGUUUUAAACGGCAACAAAGCGCACUCUUACACAAAACGCAGCAGAGCGCAUUACACAGCAGCCUAAGUUUCUCUUCCACGAAUACGGCAACGCACUAUAAUCCACUACCAGCUGUGCCCCUACCACCACCACCACCCUUUCCUGGUAAUUUCGCAAUUUCACCAUUUAGUGGUGGCGCCAAGCAAAGCACCGGCGGCAACAUUUUAAAUGCCUUUGCCUUUGCUGGCAUGAGCAGCAGCGGCAGCAGCUUCUCAGUUGGGUCUUCCUCAGUCACACAACGCACAAAUUCUCUUUGCGGCGGCGUCCUCAAGUCUCGCUAUGGCAACAUACAGACACCAAAUUUUCCACAUAAAUUCUCAACACCCAUUGAAUGCGUGUGGGUAAUUGAUGCCUCUGAACUGCCAAUUACAACUUCCGCUGCUGCAACGGCUACGGGCGGCGGCGGUGGCGGAGCCAACAUCUCUAUUAUCGUUUAUCUAACACAAUUGUAUGUGUUGGGUGGCCUCAAGUUCACCGAAUAUAUGUACUAUUCGGAUGAUUAUAAAGUGCCGGCUCAUCGUGUGUUCACGCUCACUGAGGAUGACGUCACUCAGGUGGCAUGGGUGCAAUUUAGUAGCCAGUAUUUGGAGAUACGUUUCACGAUGUCUUCGUUGGAUGGCACACAUUUGCGCGCCUUGGAUCGUCUGUUGGAUGUGUAUGGCUUCAAUAUUACCUAUGAGGUGCAACAGGAGGUGAAGGCGUAUCAGUGCAAUACGCUGCAGUGCCGAUUUCUGGGUCACUGCUAUGCGAAGGCGGACUACAGCUCAUAUUAUUGCUCCUGCUUUCCCGGCUUCAGUGGCCCAGAUUGUGGACGUGGCCCAUUGUGUGAAGAUCCACACACGAAUAUCUGCCAAAAUGGUGGCACGUGCAAACAUAUCGGCGAUGCAGCAAUUACGUGCCACUGCCCGAGCGGUUUUAAAGGCACCAAAUGUGAAAUCCCGGAGAUAAACGAAAUAACGAGGGGUUGCACUUCCAACACCACGUCUAGUGACUGUCAUAAAGAAUGUGAUUUCGAACGCGCUAGUGAAGGUGUCACAUUGCGAAAGGCUAGCAAGAUUAUAGCACGCAAUGGCAAAACGCGCUAUGAAGUGACAAUACGCUUGGGCGCCAACUUAACUGCCUUCUAUCGCAAUAUGGAUCCCGAAAGGCGUCCAAGUGAUCAUCUACCCAGUUUGCUAGAAAGACAUUUUCGUAUAUAA